AGGGGGGCGAGGGUGAUGGCGGUAAAGACCGAGGUGACAGACGUCGGCGUCGCCGUUGAGGUCAGUCGGCGGCAGUCACAGUUCGGCGCCAUGAACGCGUUCACGGCGGGCGCGAUCGUACCGCCGCUGUUGCCGCCGUCGCAGGCCGUCGUAACGGACGCCGACGACGGCGGUGCGCGGAUGCCGGCCGCGGCCGGUGGCCUGAACGUUCCGUACGCCGUGCUCGAAUGUCUGGUGGCCGUAGGCGCGGCCGUCGGCAACGCGUUGGUGAUCGUGGCGUUCCGCCGGGAACGCCGGCUCCGCCGUCGCACCAACUAUUACAUCGUGUCGCUGGCCGUCGCCGACUUGCUGGUCGGCCUGGUCGGCAUACCGUGCGCCGUGCUGUCCAGCGUCGGUCUCCCGCGGCACCUGCACCUGUGCGUGUUCUCCGUGUCGCUGAUCAUCGUCCUGUGCACCGUGUCCAUACUCAGCCUGGUCGCCGUGUCCGCCGACCGGUACUGGGCGAUACUUUACCCGAUGGCCUACUCGACCAACUCCAACACCAAGAUCGCCGUCAGUAUAAUAGGUGUUUGCUGGAUAAUGGGUUUAUUAAUAGGGUUCAUGCCCUUAAUGGGCUGGAGAGCAGCCAAAGGUCCCACAUUGGAUUCUUGCGAGUUCAGUAGCGUGAUGGAUUAUAACUAUUUAGUGUUUUUAUAUUUAGCAACUAUUAUUCUACCAGCAAUCUUUAUGGCUACUUCCUACGCUCAUAUUUAUACAGUAGUGAUAAAGCAAGUAAGCAUGACCAUUAACAAGUACAGAUAUUUUGUUUAUUUUAUCACAUGUAACUAAUUUCGUUUUUAAAAAUGUACAGACACUUCAUUUAAA